AUGUGCCGUCAACAGCUCGCAACGUCGUGGAUCCAGACCAUCUUCUACGGCAUCACCAUCCGUGCCGGUGAUCCCAAGCCCGUCCCCGGCUCCGCCCGGCACGCCGCCCACCGUCGCAUCAUCAACAUUGCCGUCGUCGCGGUCUACCUCGCCUACACCAUAUACGAGGCCGACUACGAGAUCCGCGGGCGAUCCUCCUUCUUCGAGGACCUCGGCGUCGCCAUCAACGCCGACGACCGACAGAUCAAGUCUCGCUUCCGCCGCCUCGCCGCCCUGCACCAUCCGGACAAGGUCACCUCCUCGACGCCGCAAGACUCGGCCAACUACUUCAUCCACCUCAAGCUUGCGAGCGAUACCCUCCAGGACGCGGCCCGCCGCUUCGCCUACGAGCGCUUCGGUCCCUCCAUCGCCGAGUGGAGAAAGUGCGUCACCAUCAAGGAGUUUGUCAGCCAUGGGGUGCUCUCUGGCAUUCUGCCAUACUACGGCGUCGUCGCCGGCACAAUCUACAUCGUCGGCCUUUUCGGCUACAUGGAGUUUGGCAAAUUCUACCGCUGGUUGUUUCUCAUCACCCUCUGCCUCUUCGAGGUCCACGCCGUCACGCGCCCGACCUUUCCGCUCGUCAUCGAUCUGCUCAACGCUUACAUGACCCGCAUGACCUCCCAUCCGGCCUACCUGCCGUUCCAGGUCAUAGAGCUCGCCCGGAAGCUCACGGUGACCGUCUACAUCGCCCUCGCUCAGAUCGGUCCGCUACUGGCGACGCAACAACGCCAGUCGACGGCGUCUGCCGAGAGCGAGGAGAAAGUUCUGUCCAACGCACUCGACCGUUUGGAACACACCGCAACCCAGCUGAAUACGGACUCGGCGAGGCUGAUGGAGAUGGAGCUUUCGCCCUUCAAGGGUGAUCCCCUCGUGGUGCGCAACCUGCAAGGGAAGAUGCGGGAGUGGCUGGUUCAGAAUACGAUCCGAUCCGACCCCCUGGUCAAGGACGCGCUAGGCAAGUCAUUUGUGAAGAGACGGAUAGACGCCCCCAGUGGCGCAAAGGGCAACCGAUAG